GAAAUUAGUAUUUAAAAUGCCUUUCGUUUGCAUUUUUUACAAUUAUAGCUCAAUCCGGACUAGUUGAUAUAAUUCUGUCACAGCUGUGGAAAGAUCACCAAGACCUUCUUUCGCCUCUACAUAAACAAACCACCCCCCGCUCCCCAAACACGAACUUUUGGAACCUCUUUUGUUUUCAACACACUACCAAAUUUCACCCAACGAUAAAUUCAAAUUCAAAUUCAUUCAAAUAUCGAAUUAAAGUCUUCUUGGACUUCUUGUUCAUUAUCUUAACUUUUAAACCAAACACUUAUUACUCUUUUUUACCAACAUCAAUCAAAAUGCCACCAAAGGCCGCUUCUUCUGCUGCUCCCAAAGCCAAAGCUGCCCCAUCCGAUCAUGCCAGCUACCAAGGUAAGGAACAGCUUCUGAAUCCACAACACCACGUCGCAUACAUAUCAUGUAUACAUGAUCGUGAUCGCCUGCAUCUAAUGCAUUGGUUGUGGAGCUUCAUUUUUCCAUAUAUCAAUUACUGACGCGUCACAAUAGAUAUGAUUAUUGAUGCUAUCAUCAACUUGAAAGAGGUAUGUUCUUAUUUCUCCCUUCCACGUCGACGUUUCAAACAUAUGCUAACGUUAUCUUGUAGCGCAAUGGAUCUAGGUAUGGUUCCUUAUAUCCCGCACCAGUUUCCGUAAUCGAUAUUCGACGCGUCCUUUGUUCAUCACUGCCAUCACUCGAAUCUCUUACUGAUGUCAACAUAGCCGUAUCCAACUCAAGAAGUACCUCAAGGCCAACAACAAAAUCAAUGCUAGUGAUAGCAUGUUCGAUUCUCUCUUCAACCGCGCCUUGAAGGCUGGUGUCGCUAAGGAAGUUUUCAUUAUGCCAAAGGGUAUGUCUUUUAUCUGUGCGCCAUACCAUAAUGUAUAUAUCUAACCCCUCCUCCGUAGGUUCCUCCGGUACUGUUAAGCUUGCACCAAAGGCCAAGAAGGCCCCCGCCGAUAAACCAAAGAAGGCUGCCACCGAGAAGAAGACCACUGAGAAGAAACCUGCCGUUAAGAAGGCCGCCCCAAAGAAGGCAACUGCCACCAAGGAACCAAAGGAGAAGACUGGCGAUGCCGCUGCUAAGCCAAAGGCCGCCCCAAAGAAAGCUGCCGCUAAACCCAAGGCUGCUGCCACAAAGGAGACCAAGGAGCCCAAAGAGCCCAAGGAGAAGAAAGCUUCUGUUGCCAAGCCAAAGAAGGCCGCCGCUCCCAAAGCCGUAAGUUGCCUUACAUAUACUAAUGCAUGGACAUACGGCUAAUCAAUGAACAACAGGCCCCAGCUGUAGUUGAAAACCCAACCGUCCUCAAAAAGACAGCAUCUGGACGUGUUACCAAGACCAAGACCGAUGGUCCCAAGAAGGCAGCUGCUCCCAAAAAGGCAGCUACCAAAAAAACCACCCCUAAGAAGGCAGCUGCAUAAAUGUUUCCUACAUACAUGCACACUUCUUUCUAAUGAUAAUCUACUAAGUUUCUUCUGUUCAUAAGGCGUUUCUGGAAAGGAAUAUCACGCGAGAAGGGACCGCGUUUGUUAGUGUUAUUGUUAUUUGUGGAUUUUUCUUAUUCCGAAGCUAUGCUAUGGUUCUGAGAAUAUGUACAAAGUAAUUGUCCGAUAUUGCUUUUGACAAUUACAAGUACUAGGAAACUAUGUAUUGUUGGUUCAGGUUCAUAGGAUUUUGUAUUCAAUGGGACUGGACUGAGGGAAUGGAUGGGCGUUGGGGUUGAAUGCUAGUUGGGGAUCUAAAGGGUUUGGCAGCGAUUGAUAUCAGAUUAUGUUGUACUUGUACAGAAGGUCGACCACAGCCUGAUUUUAGCAGAAUAAAAUGUUUAAAAAUUAC